AUGCCUGACACUAUGGUCCACUCCUUUACAGACAAAUCCUCGGAGGAGAAGAAGGACUCGUUUGUGGAGAAGUUGGCGACUCAAGUGAUCAAGAACCUGCAGGUGAAGAUCAGCAGCAUCCACCUGCGCUACGAGGACGAUGUGUCGGACCCAGAGAGACCCCUGUCCAUGGGAGCCACUCUGUCGGAGCUCAGCCUUCAGACGACAGAUGAGAACUGGAGAGCCUGCAUCCUGAAUGAGGCCGCCAAGAUCAUCUACAAGCUGGGCAGCCUGGAGUGUCUGUGCGUCUACUGGAACGUCCCCAGCCUCAUGUUCUACAAAGGCUCCUGGGAAGACAUCAUUGAUCUGCUCAAAUCUGGGAUCAGCACCAAAUCAAAGGAGCAGCCUCAUUAUCAGUACAUUUUUAAGCCGAUCUUUGCUUCUGCCAAAAUGUGCAUAAACCCGAACUCUGACCUGGAACUGAAGACGCCCAAAGCCCAACUGCAGCUGGAGGUUCAGAACAUUGCCAUUGAGAUCACCAAGCCCCAGUACCUGGCCGUGAUAGACGUGCUGGAGUCCAUUGAUUCGAUGGUGAAAAACGCUCCGUAUCGGAAGUUCAGGCCCGACGUCCAGGUCCACGGCCACGCUGCAGUCUGGUGGAGGUACGCCUUCAGCAGCAUCAUGGAGGUGCACGUCCGUUGCCGUAGCAACAUGUGGUCCUGGUCCAGCAUCAAGCAGCACCGAGAAACUCUCAAGAUCUACAAGAGAGAGUACAAGAACAAACUGCUGAGCUCAGGGGGCAAGACCAGCCUGGAGACAGAGCAACACGUCCAGGAUUUGGAGAAAGUCCUGGACGUCUUCAGCAUCACUCUGAUUCGCCAACAAGCGAAAAUGGAGGUGAUCCGCUCGGGGCAGAAGCUGGUGUCUAAGAAGUCGUCCGGUCAAAAGGCUGCAGGAGGAGGAUGGUUUGGAGGCUGGUUUGGGAAAAAGGCCAAAAAGGACGAAAAGGAGCCAGAGGAGAAGGAGGAGAGCGAGGGUUCUGGUCUGGACGACAUCAUGACUGUGGAGGAGAAGAAGAAACUCUACACAGCGAUUGGAUACAGCGGCAGCUCCCACAACCUCAGCCUGCCCAAAGACUAUGUGGCUGUGGUCCUUCGCUUCCAGCUGCUGAAGACCUCUGUGACCAUCAGAGAGAAACCAGAUGUCCCAGAGAUCCUCAAAGUCCAGAUCAUCAACCUGAGCACCAAGAUCUGCCAAAGACCAGGGGCCCAGGCCAUCCGGUUGGAGGCGGCCCUGCAGCACUGGUAUGUUACUGGUCUUGAACAGCAGGGGGCAGUACCGUCCCUGGUAACGUCUAUGGGAGAGUCCAGCUCCUCUCUGCUCACUGUGCUGUACGAGACACACCCAGAGGAGAGCACCGCGGACCAGCUCCUGAGGGUCCAGUCGCAGCCGGUGGAGAUCUCCUACGACGCCCUGACUGUGAACAGCAUCGCAGACUUCUUUAAGACGGGUAAAGGAGUGGAUCUGGAGGUUCUGACUUCUGCCACUUUGUCCAAACUGGAGGAGUUUAAGGAGAAGACUGCAGCAGGUCUCUCUCACAUCAUCGAGACCCGGAAGGUGCUGGACCUGAAGAUCGACCUGAAACCCUCCUAUUUACUGCUGCCCAAGUCCGGACACUACAGCGACUCCUCGGACCUCAUCAUCGUGGACUUCGGAAGCUUCAAGUUGGACAGUGUGGACCAGAGCCUCCUCAGCCCCUCCCCCUCCUCGUCUCUGGAGGAGAUCAUGGACCGAGCCUACGAGAGGUUUACGGUCCAGCUCCGCAAAGUCCAAGUUCUCUACAGCAAGUCCGGAGAGGCCUGGAGAGCGGCUCGUCAGCAGAGCUCCUCUGUUCAGCACAUCCUGCAGCCCAUGGACAUCCGUCUGCAACUGGGCAAGAGCAUGGUGGACAAUGACGCCCGCAUGCCCAAGUUUAAGAUUUCUGGAGAACUUCCUCUGCUCCACGUGAAGAUCUCAGACCUGAAGAUCCAGAGUGUGUUCCAGCUCAUCGACAGCAUCCCUCUGCCAACCCCUGGCUCAGCUGCCUCCUCCCCCACAGAGAAGGUCCCAUCUCUGGCAGAGUCUAGACCCAAAGCCCUGAACCUCCAGAGUGCUCUCCUUCCGGCCUUAGAAACAGACUCUGAGGAGGAGGUCAGUGAGAAGUUUGUGGAGGAGGAGCAGGUGCACCUCCUGGAGGAGCUCACGGAGGUGCAGUUCAAGUUCGAAGUCAAAGAGGUGCUCCUGGAGCUGACUCAGGCCGACCAGCAGAGGACCGUCCUGUUACUGAGUGUGUUCCAGCUCGGAGCCGAGGGCCGGAAACGAACCUAUGACCUCAGCACCACUGCAUACUUACACAGGGUCUCACUGGACUACUGCGAUGUACCAGUUGGGAGAAAGCCUCUCCAUCUCAUGAGAUCGUCAGAACAACACGGCUGUAACCUGCUCAAAGUGGACUACACUCGUGCCGACCCCAGCGGGCCCAACUUCAGCACACAGUUUGGAAACACCGAGCAGACCCUGAAGGUGGAGUUCUCGGCCCUGGACUUCCUGCUUCACACCAAAGCUCUUCUUUCCACCGUUAACUUCCUGCACAGCUCCACUCCUCCAUCACUCAGGGCCUCACAGGGACCAGGAGCCAAGAGACCAGCAGACAGAAGCACACCAGGCAAACCAGAGUGGGAGACGGACCAGAGUGGGAGACGGACCAGAGUGGGAGACGGACCAGAGUGGGAGACGGACCAGAGUGGGAGACGGACCAGAGUGGGAGACGGACCAGAGUGGGAGACGGACCAGAGUGGGAGACGGACCAGAGUGGGAGACGGACCAGAGUGGGAGACGGACCAGAGUGGGAGACGGACCAGGGUGGGAGACGGACCAGGGUGGGAGACGGACCAGGGGGGGAGACGGACCAGGGUGGGAGACGGACCAGGGUGGGAGACGGACCAGGGUGGGAGACGGACCAGGGUGGGAGACGGACCAGGGUGGGAGACGGACCAGGGUGGGAGACGGACCAGGGUGGGAGACGGACCAGGGUGGGAGACGGACCAGGGUGGGAGACGGACCAGGGUGGGAGACGGACCAGGGUGGGAGACGGACCAGGGUGGGAGACGGACCAGGGUGGGAGACGGACCAGGGUGGGAGACGGACCAGGGUGAGCCCUGUAGUCCAGCAGAAGCACUCACCUGGUUUUCCACAGUGUCCAGAGGAGCCAAAGAUACCGACGUCUUCAGCUUUAAAGUCUUUGCGGUGUUGGAGUGUUUCCAUGUGGAGGUGUGUGACGACUGCAGUAGCAUCGCAGACAUCAGAGUCCAAGGUAUCGAUGCCUCAGUCCUGGUUCACUCAAAGGAGACAGUGGUGAACGCUCGCCUCAAAGACAUCGUAGUCACUGACGUCAGCCCCAACACCAUCCACAGAAAGGCGGUCUCCAUCAUGGGGGAGGAGGUGUUCAGCUUCAGUCUCUCCUUGUUCCCGGAGGAGACGCAGGCUGAAGGCUACAGCGACAUGUCGAAGGUGGACGGGAAAGUCACGCUGCGUUUGGGCUGCAUCCAGAUCAUCUACCUGCACAAGUUCCUCAUGUCUCUGCUGAUGUUCGUAGAUAAUUUCCAGACGGCUAAAGCGGCGCUGAGCCAGGCCACAGUGCAGGCCGCGGAGAAGGCCGCCUCCAGCGUGAGGGACUUUGCUCAGAAGAGUUUCCGUUUGUCCAUGGACAUCAGGCUGAAGGCUCCGCUCAUCAUCAUCCCACAAGACUCCAACUCCCAUGAUGCACUGGUGGUGGACCUGGGCCUCAUCACCGUGGGCAACAGCUUCUCCCUGCAGCAGGUGGACGGAUGCCCUCUGCCCGCAGUGGUGGAGAGGAUGGAGGUCCAGCUGAGCCAACUCAAGCUGUCCAGACUGACUCAGAAACAGACGGUCUCUGGUGUGGAGAUGCUUCAGCCAAUCAGCUUUGAGCUGCUGGUCACCAGAAACCUCUGCUCUUCAUGGUACCACAAGAUCCCAGCAGUCCAGGUCCAAGGCGUCCUGCACUCACUCACAAUGAGUCUGGGGGAGGACGACCUGGCUCUGCUCACCAAGAUCCUGGUCCACAACAUCGGAGAAGGCAGCAGCCUGGAGCGGAAUCUGGGCCCUGAAGCAGAGAGCGAACUGUUCCCUCCGCAGCAGCAGAACUCUGCCCCCUCCUCCACUCCCUCCUCAGAGCUCACACAAACACAACAAACUGAACUGGAGAAGACCAUCAACGUCCUGCUGAAGCUGGAGAUCAAAGAGGUGAAGCUGACUCUGAAGAAGCCCAAAGACCAAGUGGAGACCCCUUUCCUGGUUCUUCACGCUGCUCAACUCGGCAUCGACACCAAAGUGCGGAAGUACGACACGUGUGCAACCGUGUACCUGCGGGAGAUCACCGCUACCUGUCUGGAGUUCACAGACAUGAAUGGCGAUGAUCUCUGCAUCAUUCGGUCGUCAGCGGAGACGGGGGCGGAGCUUCUCAAAGUGCAGUAUUUCAAGGCCGAUCGCAAUGGACCAAACUUCAGCACAGUCUUCAAGAGCACUGAGCAGAUGAUCAACGUCCUGUUCUCCUCUCUGGACCUGGUUCUUCACACUGAGGCUCUUCUCUCCUCCAUAAACUUUCUGUCAGGGGUAAUGACUCCCAUUUCAGCGUCUGCAGAGAAAGAUACUCGGAGGAAACCAGAGGACAAGAACCAGAGCACAAAGUCCACCGCACUUGUCUCCCCAGUGGAAAACGUCAUCGACCUGAAGCUGUUGGCAACGCUCACCUCUUUUCAUGUUUUGGUUUGUGACCAGAAGAGCAACAUCGCCGACAUCCAAGUCCAUGGCGACACGGCACCACACCCACAGGACAGGGACGUGACGGUGACGAAGGAGAAUCUACAGAACACAGACAGAAGCAGAGGACCAUCUCCACCCUCUGACCUGUGGGACAUUGGGCAAACCGGAGCACCUGGAGGAAACCCCUGUCCGCACUCUCUCCAGGUCCCACUGCACUGCUGCUGUGGAGGCUUCACCGCUGUCUGA